UUUCCAUCCCGCCUCCCUGCUAUAAGUGGCCGAGCAGCCGGACAGCAUCGCCUUCACCAGGCUGGGAGCGCAGCCCUGGACCAAAGCGCUCCCACCUCCCGGUGCUGAGGUCCAUCCCUUCCCUCCUGGGCAGCAGCUCUCCCUCCGGCAGCCCGGCCUGGCAGUUACACCGUGGGCACCAUGUCCGAGCGCUUCGACUGCUUCUACUGCCGCGACUCGCUGCAGGGGAAGAAGUACGUGCAGAAGGAGGGCCGGCACUGCUGCGUCAAGUGCUUCGACAAGAUCUGUGCCAACACCUGCAUCGAGUGCAAGAAACCCAUCGGGGCUGACUCCAAGGAGCUGCACUUCAAGAACAGGUACUGGCACGACACUUGUUUCCGCUGUGUCAAGUGCUACAAGUCCCUGGUGGAUGAGCCCUUCAUGCUAAGGGAGAACAACAAGGUUUGGUGCGGCGACUGCACCACCAACGAGGAUGCACCCAAGUGUAAGGGCUGCUUCAAGCCUAUAAUUGCAGGAGACCAAAACGUCGAGUACAAGAAGAUGGUCUGGCAUAAGGACUGCUUCACCUGCAGCCAAUGCAAGAAAGUGAUUGGAUCCGGGAGCUUCUUCCCCAAGGGUGAUGACUUCUACUGCGUCUCCUGCCAUGAGAACAAGUUUGCCAAGACCUGUGCCAAAUGCAAGAAUCCCAUCACUUCUGGAGGCCUCACUUACCAGGAACAGCCUUGGCAUUCCGAGUGUUUCAUCUGCUCCAACUGCAAGAAGCAACUGGGUGGGAAGCGCUUCACGGCUGUAGAGGAUGAGUUCUACUGCGUUGAAUGCUACAAGGAAUGUGUUGCCAAGAAGUGUGCUGGCUGCAAGAACCCUAUCACAGCAGGAUUUGGAAGAGGAACCAGUGUGGUUAACUACGAAGAUGAGUCCUGGCACGAUUACUGUUUCAAGUGCACAAAGUGUGCCCGUGGCCUGGCCAACAAGCGCUUUGUUCGCCAUAACGGAAAGAUUUACUGUGCUGAGUGUCCCAAACGACUGUAAGGAGCAGACUAGGGCAGAGUUUAGAGCCCUGCUUUCCCAACCAGGCCUGCAGAAGGAGGUUUUUGCAUGUUAAGCAUUUAAACUUUUUCCAUUUUAGUGUAAGAACUAAAAUAGCCUCAGUAAGACUGGGUUUGACUUUUGAAGCUCCUGCAGUAUAAAAGCAUGUAGCGCUGCAAAGAUCUAACCUUGUUUCUAAGUAACUCGUAAUGACUUGAAAUGCUGGUAGAUUUAGCAAUCCACAUAGUGCAUAACCUGUGUGUGGCUUAAACUAGAACAAAGCUGGUUUUAAAGUUGCCUGUUGAAUGUUUAAGCCUGGCACUGAAAUGAAGUGGGUUUGACAAGGCAUGCAGUUCAGAAACAGAGAUGGGAAGGUUGCACCUUGGCUCAGAGAUGAUGAUUAUGAUGCUUUUACAAGUACAUCACAUACAUGCGUUAUUAUUACAUACAUCACAUCAUUAAUAGCAGAUCAAUAAUGAAUCCCUUAGCUUAGCUACUGCACCAAACUGCAGCACAUGUAUGGAAUGGCUUCACCUUACAUAUAACAAUGUUUUAGCAGUAUGAUUUAGCUGUAGUUAAGUUUCCAUCAACUUGUUUUAGUCUUGCUUUCUGCAUGGUUUGCCCCAAAGUUUUACUCCUCAGCUUUUUUAUAUCCUUGUUCAAAUGAGGCUGUCCCAGCUACAAUUAUUAAUCCAUUAAUAUGAAGGAAAUCAUUACACCAAAAUGCACAUGCAUUUAAGAAAUGCCUUUAAAACAGCUCAGAAAAUGAUAGCUCUCCUAUCAGUGUAUGGUUUAUGAUUUAAUAAACAUGAGACUUGUGCCUGCUUGGA